GUGUUAUCAGUAACUACAAAUACUUAUAUAGGUAAAUUUAAUAAUAUUUAGAACAUGUUCUAUUCUACUCACGUUCGAACUGAUGUAAAGAGACAUUAUGAAGCUCUUCAAAGGCUUGUUUGCUUUAAGCGCCUUGAUUGCGACAGUUGCCAUCUACUUCCGGCCCGUGUUCCCGAAUUCCGCCAGCAACCUGUGGCUGAAAACUCUCGCCGGCCUCCACGUGAAGUUAAUACACGCCGUGAGCGUCACCGGAGGCGCCCUAGGUUUCAGUCCGAUCAACAUAACGCGCGCAAUGACUGACGUCAUGCUGAUAAUGAACAGACCCUCGCCUGACGUCACUGAAGAGUGGACGACGAUGGCGGGAGUUCCCGUGCUGCUCUACCGGCCCGCAGCGGCAUUGCCCGGUCUUCAACCCGCAAUCAUCCACAUACACGGAGGUGGCUGGGCGCUCAUGUCACCCGCCCACUAUGGCCCGGUUUGUCGAGAACUGGUGAGAGCGACUAAUAGUGUCGUAGCGUCUAUUGACUACCGGCGGUCCCCGGAACACCUGUAUCCUGUACCGCUUAAUGACGUCAUCACAGCAACCAAACACUUCUUAAGUCACGCUGAUAUGUACCAUGUGGACAAAAACCGAAUUGCAGUGAAGGGAGACAGUGCGGGUGGAAAUCUAGCUCUUGCACUGGUUCUAAACCUCACGUCAGAAGUGGAACUUCCGGCGAUCUCCGCCCUGUCGCUGGACUAUCCGGCCAUACAGCUGUUCAACUUUGACCUGCCGUCCUACCAUACGUAUGAAUACGGCCCGUGCUUUCUCACUAAAACGUUGAUGAUUAAUUAUUGGCUCACUUACAUUUUCGGUCACAGGCAAUAUUUUAGCAUUCUGUAUAACAGAGAACACAUCGAUGAGGAAACGCUCGUUACCUAUGAAGAUUUCAUAUCCCCUGAGCUCUUACCUGAAUUCCUACAGAAAGAAUCUAAGAAGGUAAACCGCCCUGGUAAUAACAAUGCAAAGCCAAGUGACACAGUGUUACGGGAAAUAAGGAGCAAGAUAAGAGACCCGAUGAUUGCGCCCCUCAUGGCGUCUGAUGACGUCAUGUCUAAACUUCCGCCCACGUAUGUGCUCACAGCGGAGUUCGACGCGCUACGUGACGAGAGUUUCAUCCUCGUGGAGCGUCUGAGACGCGUUGGGGUGAAGGUCGAACACGCCUACUGUCCGCACGAAGAACACGGCUUCUUGAAUUUUGCUGACAUUGACAGCAAUGCUAAGCGUGAGAUUGGCAAAGCGGCCGCGUUUAUUAUAAAAGCUCUUAAUCACUAACAAUUAUUGAAAUUACUUAACAUUUAAUUUGCUUUUGUGUUCAGAUACCUUUGCCACAUUCGAAAGCUAGUCGUGCGUCAAUUUACUUCUUAAAAAGCAUAAGAUAUGAGGGUUUGGUGAAUGGCAGAAGCUACUAAUAUAGAAAACGAUACGCUGAUUUCAAAAAGAGCGCGUAAAAAUCUUACAAUUGUUUCGGAUAACUAUUAAUGCGUGGCCGCAUUGGUUUAUGGACAAACGCGAUACUGAAAUAAUCGCGAUUCUGGACACACAUUUCGAAAUGAACAACGUUAGUGGAUACGACGGUUUGAAUGUCAUACGUGAUAUGUAAACAAGUACUUAACAGUUAUAUUUCAGUUGUUUUGAACCACCGAUAUCCCAUUUGAGUGGUCAUGUAGAUGUCAUUUCCGGUUCGCUUAACUAGGAAGUGGUCCGAUAAUUCCCCUGUUAGUUCCUGUUUGUUACACUUGUACUGGAUGAUAAUCUCUUACAUUGUAAUUGAGCUCUGAGCUAAAAAAGGUUGCCACAUUGACCAUUGACCUAGAUACGUGUCUACAUGCGGUAAAUCAUUUAGGAGAGUUAUUUCAUAGUUGCCUUAUAUGUUAAAGUUCGCACGAGAUCGGACACACUCGUUCACGAGACGUACGUUCGUACGAACUUUGUCAAGCUUCGUGACUUUAGAAGAGCAAGUCAAUUGGCGCGCCCAAUUAAAGUACAUGCUGCUUAAUAGCAUGGAAACAACAACACAAUGCGGCGUAGCUGCAUACUGCGCCAAAGUAAACAGGGUACUUCAAUCCAAAGAGCGGGUUCGAGGCGGGGGAGGGUUAAAUGUAUCAAUGUGACAGUCGGCUGAUUAUGAGCCUAGAAUCAAUAUGGACUGUGCUCUGUAAAAAGAGGGUUAAAUGGAUGUGCAUAAAGUGUCAUAUCAGUUCGCGCAGGCUAAUCAGGGACGACACUUUCCGCUUGUAUGCUAUUUUUCGUUUACAGUAAGUUUCUUCUUUGCAAAAAUCAAGUUUCGACGGAAAGUGUCGUCCCUGAUAAGCUUGUGUGGACUUCACAGGCUAAUCUUGGACGACACUUUUCGCACAUGCAUUACACCCCUUGUUCAUUUCAUUCUAUAACCCUAUGCAACAAGCGUUGUCUUUGUCUUUAUUAUUGUGUUGAUAACUUGCGUGUGAUUUCUGCUACAUUAACAUUGUCUUUGUCCUUAUAUAUGAUGUACACACAACUCAUCGUU